CGCCCGCAUCCCGCGCUCGUCAUCCCGCUCACGGCAUCCAGCGCUCAGCAUCCCAGCACCAUGUCCCGAGGGAAGGUCCAGAUGCUGGUGGCCGUUUUCGUGCUGUCGAUGCUGCUGAGCCUCAGCUCGGACGCUCUGCGCGUAAACAAGCGCCCGGUGCGGACUCGAACCUGUGCCGACCGUCCCGAGGAGCUUUUAGAACAGUUGUACGGGCGGCUGGCUGCAGGCAUGCUCAGCGCCUUCCACCACACCCUGCAGUUGGAACCGCUGGACAAGGAGCGCAACGUGAGCUGCCCGGCAGGGGGCAGGCUGGUCCAGGACAAGAAAUACCGACUGCCCAUCAACCUGCACAGCGUCUCCCCAUGGGCCUACAGGAUCUCCUAUGAUCCCACAAGGUAUCCAAAAUACAUGCCCGAAGCGUACUGUCUGUGCAAGGGCUGUCUGACGGGACUAUAUGGAGAGGAAAACUUUAAUUUCCGCAGUACCCCCGUAUAUAUGCCCACAGUCAUUCUGCGCCGCACCUCAGCCUGUGCUGGGGGACGCUAUGUUUACACAGAAGAUUAUGUGACCAUUCCAGUUGGGUGCACUUGUGUUCCAGAACAAGAGAAGGAGUCAGAGAGCCUGAACUCCAGCAUUGACAAGCAAGGAAUGAAGCUGUUGAUGAACCCGAAUGACAAACCCACAACAAAAUGAAUUUGAGGAGAACUCAUCAACUUCCUUCUUGACUUUUUUGUCCCUGCACAGAAUCAGGAAAUUAAUAGCAAAUGAAAAUCCUGUUCCUUCUAAAAGGCUUCCAUUGCAUGGUGAAACUGGAAGGAUUUCAUCAGGCCAUGAGGAGAUGAAGUUGAGCCAUGAGACAGCAAACCGAACUGGGAAGGGUCUUCUUUUAAUAUAGACUAGUCUACAGUUAAUGUCAGUGUUUUGACUAUUCUCUUUUCUGGACAAAAGUUAGUGCUGUUUUGGUAUCUUGGUUUGAAAUGCAUUAGAUGUUGGGAUGAACAUAUGAGUCAUAUUCAUCUGCUAUUUUCAGCUGCAAAGUCUGGCAUAGAAGUGUGUGAUGGGCAUGUCCCUAGGAUUUAAUUUCUCACAAUACUUGGGCCCAUGAGAGCACUGCUCUUGGAAAGAAAUUCUCUGAACUACAUUUCCCAGAAGGUUAUCCAUCUGACCACAGAAUAUGGUGACAACACCAAUCCAAGAGCUCUCUUUAUUGGGGCAUCCUUUUCAAAGAGGAAGGUUAAAAAAACUGCCAUAAAUUUGGGGCAAUGAUUGCAGUGGGAAAAAUGGUAAAAUGUUAAGCUUCAUAGUGUCAUAACACAGAGUGAAGAGACCCCUGGGAGCCCAGCAAGUUCAGGUUGGUGAUUCCUCUGAGCAGGGAGCAGAAACACAAAUUGGAGAUGGCCUAGCCACUAGCAUAAAGGCUGCCAGAGCUGGGAAGGAACAGGGAUGAAAAAGGUUCCAUACAGUAUAUAGAUGCUGCUGGAGCCAAGCUGAAGCCAGGCCCACCUAGCUGCCUCCCAAAGAAGUAAGCUUAUCUUCUUCCUGGCCACUGAGGCCAUACUGAAAGGAGACAAAGACCCAUUGACAGUUUCCUCACCUUGAGGGUCAGUUUUCCCAGUAGGUAUUUCAAUAAGCUUUUUCCAGGUUUCUAUUCCAUCUUCUCAUCUUGAAAGAUGUGUGAGAUUUUGUUCUGUGUAUGGGUAUAGGGAAUAUUUUUUUUACUUUAUUUCCUUCCUUGUAAUUUACAUUGUUUCAU